AUGUGGUUACUUCACGACACUUUCACUGUCCUGUCUUUUGAAGAAGAGAACUCAAAGACAGUAACAGCAAGAACAAGUCACCAGACGGGUAGUCCCACCUUACAUAAAGAAUAUAUCAGAACUCGCAACCAGACUAUUGGCGCAAAAAUGAAUCUUCGACAACCGAGACAAAACCAGAAAGAAAAUGUGAUAUACCAGAUCAACUGCAACCACCGCAACAAAUUCUACGUUGGACAAACUGGGAGGAAAUUAUGUAUAAGAAUAAAGGAACAUAACGCGACUGUCAGGAGGAUCAAGAAGGUCACAAUUUCAACCUGGAAAAGGCAAAAUGUUUGGCCUACGGAGACGCGAGACACAGAAGAGAAUUUCUGGAGGCAUGGUACUCCACGGCAGAUUCGAUCAACUGGUACAUCGCACUGGAUCCAGUUUACGCACCUCUACGUUCAAAAGACCAACACCUCAACCGGAACACUCAUGGAGGAACGAUUAUUGGAUUCACAAACAAAGACACGAAGAACUCCUUGGAGUCAAAUCAAUAAAGUCACACCACUCUCGUUUGAACGGUCGUGUUCCUGUUCUGGCGUAAUUAUUCCGGUGAGUCUACACCAAAGGGAAGCACUGGACUCGAGUUUCGCUCUUAUUAGAGCUCAUCAGCAGUGCACGCCAAUGGGCGUGCCGGGAUUGGAACCCCGGACAUCUGACAUGCGAGGCGAGCGUGCAACCACUACCCCACCAAAGCACACGAACGUGUUCAUACUUGACCGAUGCGAUUGGUGUGCCCGACUGACCGAACGACGACCCAGUAACUGUCUCGGUUCUGACAAUCGAUUGAUCCGCCAGUCAGGACUUCCCAGCCAGCCGGGGUUGACCUUAGCAUACGGAGACACGCGACACGGAAGAGAAUUUCUGGAAGCAUGGUACUCCACGGCGGAUUUGAUCAACCGGUGCAUCAGACUGGAUCCAAUUUACGCACCCCUACGUGCAAAAGACCAACAUCUCAACCGGAACACUCAAGGAGUGGAUAACCAUUACAUUUUCAUUGAGGAGAAGACUCAUAAGUUUGCUGAAAACUCCUCGCCCAUGUUAAGGCUCAUCAGAACACUAACUGAACACCUACAGACUAUUGGACAGGGAAGGGAAAAUCUCAUAUGCAUCUUGUUUACAAAACUGAAUAUCCAUCUUCUUCUUGAGUGCGUCUUCUUAAACUUUCCUGGAUAUUCGUUGACCGUUUCUCAACCGCGAGCAAAUCCAAACCCACAAACUCCAGACGCAAAUCGGAUUUACGAGAAAACAUACUACUCACAUGCCCCAUCAGUAGUAUCCACCGUUACACUGCUAGUAGUCAUACGUUUAACAGACUACAUUCCACGCAACCCCAGGGUAUGGUUUCACCAGGUGGAGUCCGUUUUUACUACCCGACGCACCACUUCCCAAGCCACGCGAUUUUCCUAUGUUGUCCAGCAUCUUCCUUUUGAUGUAGCAACAGAGGUGGAUGAUCUGUUGAAAGAUAUUCCCAAGGAAAAUCCUUAUGACGCCCUUCUAGUGGCCGUCAUAAGUAGGACAGGGAAGUCAGAAAACAAAAUGCUACGGGAUUUAUUCACCACUGUCGAACUCGGGGACAGAUCGCCAUCACAACUGUUUCGCCGCAUGCGGCCAUUAGCUAGCGAUGGGAAUCACGGCCCAACUAUGGCUCGACAAACUUCCACCCUCCAUGCCCCACGUCAUCAGCGCUUUCGUUGA